ACUCCCAAACCUACUCUCUCUACCGAAGUAGUAUUUUCGAGUAAUUUUAUUGCGUAUUUCUGUUGGCAGACAUGCCCGAAUACCAAACUUUUCAAUCACCAAAUUAACAUCAAUAUGCAGUGUGUGGAUUAACCAACGAAAAUAUACAAUGACUAAAUCUAUCUGUGCAGUGCGUGAAAAGCCAUCAAAAACAACAUUUAACGAUUAAACAAUAUAUAAGCUUUAAGGUCCCACCCCCUGGGAAAGACAGAGGCGGAGAUAGCCGGCAGAGAGAGCUGGAUAGGAACCUCGUGUACCGUAUUAGAAACAGAUCAGCGAUGUCAAGAGCAAUUUGGAUGAAAUAUGUCAGUUCGGUACACGCUCCGAAAGAGGCAAGAGCAGAUAAGGGUGAGACGUUCGCGCGUUUGAAAAAUUAGCUGAGGUUUUGCGGUAGAGAAAAAAAAAAUUGAGAAAAAUUUUUUUUUGUUGGGAUUAUCCGGUGCAGUUUUCGAAGGUGCUCUAUGGCGAUGGGCUCGGAGGAACACCUCAAGAUCGAGAAGGAAAAGGUUACCAGUGUUACGCCUUUCUCUAUAAACGAUAUUUUGAGUAGGGACAAUUCUUGUGAGGUCCAAGAGACGGCUUUGGAUAUGACCAGGUCUCAAGAGAGGUGUAGAGAUUCGCUGACGCAGGACACCCGGCUAUCUUCAGAGUACGUCGCCUGCCACCAAUCGGAAGAGAGCGGGAGAGAGCCGACCCAAUUGAAUCGGAAAAAGCGCUCACGGGCCGCUUUCACCCACGCCCAGGUCUUCGAAUUGGAACGUCGCUUUAGCCAGCAGCGGUAUCUCAGCGGUCCCGAAAGAGCGGACCUGGCACAGGCCCUCAAACUCACAGAAACACAGGUGAAAAUCUGGUACCAAAACAGGCGCUACAAGACGAAAAGAAAGCAGCUGCAACUCCAGGAAUCCAACAUGCUGGGCCACAACGCUAGAAAAGUAGCAGUUAAAGUCUUAGUAAAAGACGACAUACCAAUAUUCCUACAACAUCAGAAAUCUCCAAUCUACCAAAAACCCUACCACCCCGAUCAAACCAAGAACGAAUUCUACGUAUACGAACAGAUGAACAAAAAUCUGACGCAAAAGUACAAUCCAAAGAGUCUGCAAGAAUCCAUGUUGAAUCUGUGUCAACAGUAUUCAAAUUCUGUGUCAUUGUUUCCCUAUUUUAACUAUUACCAUCCGUCUUUAUUGGGAAACGUCACCAUAGCUCAAACAGACGAGGAUCAACCACAGAACUGAGUGGUAUUCAUGAAUGAAAAAGAAGAACACCGUCCAUCAUAGAAUUUUUGAAUAUAUUC